GUCAUGACGUGAUAAAAUGGCGGCUGUUGAGUGCUAGAAGUUUUUCGUAUAAUAAUUAAAUAUAUUGCUGGAAAUCAAGUGAUAAACUUAGUUAUAAUUUUUUAAGUUUAAUUAUUACAUAGUCAAAAAUAUAUCACAACUUCCAGAAAGGGGUUGUUGAGGGUUUUGUGAGAGUGCAAUGUCCGAGGAGACAGAUCGGCACGGGGAGUCGGCGAGUGAGGGCGCGGGCGGCACGAAUGCGAAUCGCGUGUUAUUGACCCCGCACCAGAUCGACGCCGCCAACGCGGACUCGCUGCGAGCCGCGUGGAGAAACCAGGACUUGUACAUUGACCACCUCGAAUCAUUGAACAAACAGUUGGAAGGCAGUUUGGAAAAGGCGAAAGAAGCAGAAGAGAGGAUAAAACAACAGUAUGCUGAGUCUCAGCACAGAGAAAAGGUUCUUGUCAGGCGACUUGCUGCUAAAGAACAGGAGAUUCAGGAUUAUGUAAGCCAGAUAACGGAGCUAAAAUCAUCUCACGCGAGUCUCAACGGCCGACCGACACUUCUAGACCCAGCCGUGAAUGUUCUCAUACUAAGGUUAAAACAAGAAUUAACUUCAACAAAGGCGAGACUAGAGGAAACGCAAAAUGAAUUGUCAGCGUGGAAGUUCACGCCUGACUCCAAUACAGGGAAGAAACUGAUGGCCAAAUGUCGGCUGUUGCACCAAGAGAACGAAGAUCUCGGUCGAAUGACGUCUAGUGGAAGAAUAGCCAAAUUAGAAGGCGAUUUAGCACUCCAGAAAAGUUUUAGCGAAGAAGUUAAAAAGUCACAGUCAGAGUUGGACGAGUUCCUGCAGGAGCUGGACGAGGAUGUGGAGGGCAUGCAGAGCACGGUGCUGUUCCUGCAGCAGGAGCUGCGCUCGGCGCACGCGGCCGUGAACGGGUCUGCGGCGGCGCACGAGGCGCGCUCGCCGCAGUCGCCGCGCUCCGACAAGCGCGCCUACUCGGGCAGCGAGUGCAGCGACCCGCCCCUCAAGCGGCGGCGCGCGUCCGUGCUGUCGCUCGACUACAACGAGGACGAGGAGCCGCUCACCGUCCACAACGGCGACGCAGACUAGCGCAGGGCCUCGGUGUUCACCUUCCGAACACGAUUCUUUAAAAUGAACUAGUGCAUUCUGUGAACCUUUCUUAAGUAGUCGGCAUGUUCCGUUGACUCGAAAUCGUUGAAUUCAUUAUUGUGAGUGUCGUCCAUCCGUUCCGGAGGUGAAACGCCGUCACUCAUUAUGAAACGUGAAAGCUUAUAUAUUAGCACAUAUUGAAGUGUAUUCUAUAAACUUAUGUACUUUCAUUAGAAGACAAAAUAUACAGACGAAUGUGUCAUUUGCAUUGACAAUGAAUUGGUGAUGAUUGUGUCUAAUGUGAACUUGAAACAUUUGGUAAACUAUAGUUUGCGUUUAUGCACAACGGUGGACCAUUGUGAUCAGAUUUAAUAGUGAAUCGUUUUUUGACAUUGUUUUUAUACUAAUAAUCAAUAUUGAAACAGACACUCGGUUGACAAUUUUAUAAUUUAUUUAUGAUAAGUGCAUUAAUUGUGAUAUAUUAGAAAAACCCAAUAAUAUAUGAGCAAUAACGGUUGAGUUUGUUGCCGAAUUUCAUGAUUUGAUGGCAUUUAUUUUACUCGAUAUGCCAGUUGAAAUUGAAAUGAUUGAGCCUGGCUGAGACACUAGCAAUAUAGCAAUAAUUGGAAACACCAAGCCUAAAUGUAUUAAAGUUUUUAUAUAAUUGGUUUCUACAUGAAAUGUUUCUAUUUUAAAUUACUAUGAAUGUAUAUAGAGCUAUGUUAAUAAACAUAUUAUAUUACUGGCAUCA